AUUCUGUGUGCGUGUCCGUGCAACGUCAUCACGCCAGAAGAGAAGUGCCAACAUGGCGUUUACCUUGUACUCCCUAAUUCAGGCGGCGAUUUUGGUCACGAAUGCCAUUGCUGUGUUGCACGAAGAACGAUUUCUCAGCAAAAUCGGUUGGGGAGCAGAUCAAGGCAUCGGUGGCUUUGGAGAUGAACCAGGAAUCAAAGCUCAAAUGCUAAAUCUUAUCCGAUCUGUUAGGACGGUUAUGAGAGUGCCUUUGAUAAUAGUAAAUGCCGUGUGCAUCGUGUUGUUAUUGCUGUUUGGAUGAAAGCUGACACGACAUGGACCGCGGAUUAACUGGUGAAAGAAAAUGGACUCUUUCUUUCUUUUUUUGUUUUUCGUCUUUUUUUGCACAUGCAGUGUAAUUGUCUGUUAUAUCCUAAACAUAAAGGAUUCAUGUGGCUAUUCCAAAGUUUUAUAUAUCUGGAGAUCUGUAAAACCUUCCGUUUUGUUUGUUUGAAUAAUGAGCUUUCAGGAGAGCUCACGUCACUCUUAAGUCUUGUUUACACGAUUCGGUCUUUAACGUCGAAGCUCUCGUUCACCGGUGACGUCCCUGGCACACGCACAGCCGUAUCGUUAACUACAAACCUUUUUCGGCCUGUCCACUAGGCAUUUGUGCCACGUCAGCAUACUUUAAGAGUGAAACAAACGGUUAAGGGAGCAAGUCGGGCUUCGUGUCCUGUAAUUAACCGGACAGGCCGAGCUUGUAAAAGGCGUCUGUGAUAAACUGCUCAUGGGUCACUUUUAAUAUAUAAUUGUGUGUUAAAGACCAGUAAACAACAACCCCUGUGAGCCAAUCAAUAUGUCAGAUUUUAAUAAAAACAUUGUCUUUUCAUGCUUUUGA